CUCCUCCGUGCCCCCCCUACCCCCUCCCCCCUCCUCCUCUUAAUUUCCCCUAUUGUUUUAUGCUUGGGAACGUGUGGAUGAUGAAUUAAGAAUCAGAUAAAUGGAAUAAACGGAGCAAACAAACUUAUAGUUUUUUGAAACUGCUUAGUUAUCUGCAGUUUUAGUCGAAUUUGCAAUUGCAUGCAAACUCAAAAGUUUUUAUUUUGUUUGUUUGUUUGUUAUUGUUGUUGUUGAUGAUGAUGUUGCUGUUGCGCGUAAAUAGUAUGGUUUAAAUUGCAAAUGAAGGCCCAAAUGCUGCAUUUUGAUCCAAGUUGAACUCGGACUUAGGUGGAAAUGGAACAACUGGUACUCAUCUCUUGUAUAUAAGAAAGAAAAAAGGAAAAAAAAAAGGGAGAAAUUUCUCUUUUUUGGAGGGCUGAAGAGAUUGGAUAUGUCAUGCCUACUGACGUUCAAGAACAAGCCUUACCAAUUCUAUUGUCCGGAAGGGACUGUGUACUUCAUGCUCAGACAGGUUCAGGCAAAACGUUGGCAUACUUACUGCUAAUAUUUUCAGCUUUAGACUUUAGAAGGUCGGCUGUACAAGCACUGAUAGUUGUCCCAACUAGGGAGCUUGGUAUGCAAGUUGCGAAAGUUGCUAGAAUGCUGGCCGCGAAGCCAGCAGGAAUGGAAGAGAUGCAGAGGGCUUGCACUGUUAUGGCUUUGCUAGAUGGUGGAAUGUUAAAGAGGCAAAAGAGCUGGUUAAAGGCAGAGCCCCCUGAGAUAGUUGUAGCGACUAUAGGGAGCUUGUGUCAAAUGCUUGAGAAACAUCUUUUGAAGCUGGAAGCUAUGCGGGUAUUGGUUAUUGAUGAGGCGGAUUUUAUAUUCAGUUCAUCGAAGCAAGGGUACUCUCUCCGCAAGCUCUUGACUGCCUAUUCAACAAUUGAAAGUCGGCAAACUGUUUUUGCUAGCGCAUCAAUUCCCCAACACAACCAUUUUCUAUAUGACUGCGCGCAACAGAAGUGGACGAAGAAUGAUGUGGUUCAUGUCCAUGUCAAUCCUGUUGAACCUAUGCCUUCACACCUACAUCACAAAUAUGUGAUAUGCAGUAAAAAGGACAGAUUGCGUACUCUGCUCUGCUUGCUUGAGAGAGAUGCUCCUAAAUCUGGAAUAAUAUUUGUUGCUGAUCAGUCAGAGAAAUCGAAAAGAGCCGGAGAGCUUCCGUCGACAACCCUUGUUAUCGAAUUCCUUAAAGCUUCAUACAGCGGACCCCUGGAGGUCCUUCUCCUUGAAGAAGAUAUGAAUUUCAAUGCUCGGGCUACCUCAUUCUCUGAAAUGAGGCAACAACAAGGUUGCUUACUAGUUUCGACAGACAUAGCAAGCCGAGGGUUUGACCUACCGCAAACCACUCACAUAUACAACUUCGAUCUCCCCAAAAGUGCCGUCGGCUACCUCCACCGCGCCGGACGGACGGGGCGAGUGCCAUUCUCCAAGGAAGCGUACAGCGUCACGACUCUCAUUGCUCCGGCGGAGCGGUUCGUGCUCCAAAGGUUUGAGAAUGAGUUGAUGUUUAAAUGCGAAGAAUUGUCCUUGGAUUAUCUCAAAACCCUGAGCUGAACCUCCUACCCCUGUACAUGUGCUCAAAACUCGAAAGAACUUUUUGCAAAAUUAAAAUUUAGUGGGUCUAAUUGCCAAAAUUAGAAGUUCGGAUGUC